AUGAUUGUUUUUCCGCCAGAGCUAAAGCUUGAAAUUGCGCGCCAUUUGCGUACGAACAAAUCUUGGCUUUUGGCGUUGUGCUUGACAUGUCGUGAGAACUAUCAGAUUGUCUUACCAUUGCUCUAUCACGAACUUGUCAUAGACAUCCAAGAUAACCGAGGAAUUUUUCUUUUUCAACGAUGUAUCGGAGCUGGAGCUGCAACGCCAAUGAAGCUGUAUACCAGGCACCUCACUUUUCUCGAGCAUCUGAAGAUCACACCUGCCGCAACUGAACCAAUACAUCACUAUGGCUCGGAUCAAAGACGUGCCUCCGAUAAUGCCAAUUUUCACAGCCUACCUCACCGGUCCGUAGCAGAUCAUUUUAUGAUUUUUACACUUCAUUUCUUUGAAGAAGACUGGCUUCAUUCCUUUAGCUUCAAGUCGGAUAGAUACUUGAACCAAAAUGUUUUCAAGUAUGUAUGCAAUACUCAACGCGCCCUGCGUCAUCUGCAUGUCGCGCCAAAACGAACUACUUUCGGGGAACUGCAAGUUCUGAAGGACCUCAAGACGCUAGACGUUAGCUUUAGCAAACCGGGAGAAGCAAGACAAUACCUAGUGGAUGUAAUCCGUGCGCCAUGUUCAGUCUUUCAAACCGGGAAAAUUGAAGGUCUCCGUAUAGCAGCUGCGCGCACGGGGCCGAGACCCACGGAGGAUUUUGAGUGGGCUCACGCCUCUAGUCAAAGAUUCCACAAGCUCCGGAAGCUAUGGAUUGACAGUUUUGAUCUUCGAAAAUCGAAGUACAAUCUUAGUGUAGAGGUUGUCCACUUGGCCCUCACAGAGCUAACAGUAUCAAACUGCAACGGGACGAAGGCGUUUCUAGCGUUACUGGCAAACCAGCAAGAGUCUUGGUCACAGGGGAAACCAUCGAGUCUGCGUCGCCUUGUUCUGGCUUUGGGUUCAUCAUAUCCACAUGUGAGGAGGUCACUUGAAAAGAUUUUGGAGCACAGCAACCUGGACCAAUUACACCUUAUCUUCAAAACGGAGAUUCUCACUUUAGAAGGGGCCUCUGUCCCUUGCGUGCCAGCGCGCCUUCAAUCGUUUUCUCAUCAUCAAGCAACGCAGCCCGGGAUCACAAAGCGACAAUUACUUUCUGACUAUCUGCAUGAGCCUGUCAACCUUUUGUAUCUUGGAAUUGAGAUCGCAGUUCAACAGAUGAAACGUUGGUGUUGGCGUUCCAUACACGGGCCCAUAUCUUCUAAAAUUGACCCUCACUGGCACUAUCUUAGAUUUGCUGCAAGCCUUCGCGUGUUGCUUGUCAGAAUCAAAUUAGGUGGCUUUUCACCGGACGCAGUUUCUUCGGGCGAUUAUCAGGACUUUGCUGAGGCACUGUUCAAAGACUUAAAGGGGAAUGGAUUCUGUAAACAUCUGCAUACGAUUGUUAUUGAAUCAAGCUCCAAUCGUCAACCAAAAACCAUUCGGUACUGCUACUUGAAAGCCCGAAGAAGUGAUAUUUGGUUCGGAGAAACACUCAUCGCUCUUCCAGUAACAGAAAAACAUCUUCAGGAAUUGGAACCAGGACUGGAUUUACUUGAUAUAUCUUCAAACCUUUGGUAG